AGAUGUAGAACUUGACUUCCGGAACUCUGCAGUAGCAGACGUAAACAUUCUGCACAACACCUCGUUUACUUCGGAGAUUGUAGCGCUGGAGGGGUUUUGAGGUUUAACGUUAAAUUUUGACGUUUAUUUUCAACUGCUGAUGCAUUGGAACAGCGUGAUCCGUGCACAUCGAUUAAUGAUUGCCGAAUCCUAGUGUCGAAUUUCUUACCUCAUCUUAACAAACAACCAAACAGGAGAUUUCUCAAAGAUUGAUGUUAAGCCGAGGUUAAGCACAAGGUACCAGUACCUGCAGAAUUAGUUUGCUCCAUCUCACAGAAAAAUGAAGUCAAAUCCAGGCAUGGAGAAGAAAACUCACCCCUGUUCAGACUGUGGAAAGAGUUUUAAUUGGCUGAGUCAUCUGAAAGUACAUCAGCGCAUUCACACUGGAGAGAAACCGCAUCAGUGCUCAAACUGUGGGAAGAGUUUUAAUUGGCUGAGUCAUCUGAAAUUACAUCAGCGCAUUCACACUGGAGAGAAACCGCAUCAGUGCUCAGACUGUGGGAAGAGUUAUAAUCGGUUUUAUAAUCUCAAGAAACACAAGCGCAUUCACACUGGAGAGAAACCGUAUCAUUGCUCAGACUGUGGAAAGAAUUUUAAUAGCCUUAGUCUUCUGAACACACACCAGCUCAUUCACACUGGAGAGAAACCGCAUCAGUGUUCAGAUUGUGGGAAGAGUUUUAUUCGCUUGACUACUCUCAAGAUUCAUCAGCGCAUUCACACAGGAGAGAAACCAUAUCAUUGCUCAGCCUGUGGACAGAGUUUUACUCAAAUAAGCAUUCUCACAAAACACCAGCGCAUUCACACAGGAGAGAGACCAUAUCACUGUUCAGACUGUGAAAAGAGUUUUACUCAACUAGGUAAUCUCAAGAAACACCAGCGCGUUCACACAGGAGAGAAACCGUAUUACUGCUCAGAGUGUUGUAAGAAUUUUAAUGAACUGAAUCAGCUGAAAAAACAUCAGUGCUUUCACACCAUAGAGAAACCGCAUCACUGUUCAGACUGUGGAAAAAUGUUUUCUGCACAGACCCGUCUCAACGAACACCGGCGCCUUCACACCGGAGAGAAAUUGUGUCACUGCUCAGACUGUGGGAAAAUGUUUACUACACAGAGUCAUCUUAAAGUACACCGGCGCAUUCACACUGGAGAGAAACCGUUUCAUUGUUCAGAUUGUCAGAAAAACUUCAGGUAUUUAAAUGUAUUGAAGAGACACAAGUGCAUUAAGAGCAGUCAAGAAAAUAAGCACUUAGACUCAAUCAACCAACCCAGGCCCCAAAAUGGAUACCCAAGUGUGAAAAUUAUAGUUCUGCGUCGAAUCCACAAUGUAGCAUGUGUUGACCUGUCAAUCCCAGUUAAUCCUUAAAUAAAUAUCCAACAUCCUUCAGUAUUUUGUACAGAUUAUCACUCAGUGAUGUGUUAUGUUCAGGUAGUUGACCAAAUUGAAUCAUAUUUUUGUGGUCUUAUUGUAUUCUUUGGUAAAUAUAACAGUUAAGAUAAUGUGUAAUAACUCUGGUAGCUAAACUCAUUUGUUGUACUAUGAGCAGUUACCUCAUUUAAGCACUAUAUGCAUUUCUUUUAUUUUAAUGUAGUUUUAGUGCACUUGGACAAUGUUAUUAAACAAGUCUGUAAAUGUUAACUGAAAUCAUAAUGUAAUAGCUGUUGGACAUUGAAAAAUAAAGCUGAUUUUACAGAA